GUAGGGGAGAUUGGCUGCCCGGCUCAAUCCUCCUCGAACCUCUUAUCACAAAAGACGAUACCAUCCGAUCGUCGAUAAUUCUUUAGCGUAUUUGCGAGUCACUGCCGCCUCCUCCAACACUUGCAUCGCGACUAAAAAUAUACCUGCGAUUCGUAACCCACAGUCAUUACCUUGGUUGAAACAGUUGAUCGGUCACCAUGGCUAACCGUCCAAACACGCCUGGUCGCAAUGACCAGGAGGAUUAUGGAGAGGAUUGGGCAAGAGACCUGCGAAUUCAGUUUGAACAGCUAUUAAAAACGAAGCGGUUAGAGGAAUUGGGGCAAUCUCGGGCACUUCGAGCACGAGGUGGAUCACCGUCGCCUAGGGAGCGAGCCUCCUCCUCCAACUUGCGUGCUUCUUCCUCGACACCAUCUGAUAGGCCAUCAACCUCCUACGGCCAUGCUCAUGCCUCUUCUUCAACGCUCCCAUCAUAUUCAUCUCUCCGCCACCUACCCUUAAUGCCCACCGCACCCGCGCCGCACGACCAAUCGGCACACAAGUUUCGCAACCUACUUAUCGCGUUAUCACAGACACCAACAACCUUCGAGAACCCUGGCCUACUAGAUGAGGCCUUGCAAUUGAUACCUUUGGACAGAAUAUAUGGCGAAGCCGAAGAGGAAAGCCAAGUUUUACAGGCCGAAGCUGAGAGCAUGGGCGACGGUCGUAAGCCUGAAUGGGGUUACCAAGACUGUGUCAUAAAGGCAUUAUUAAGAUGGUUUAAACGAUCUUUCUUCACUUGGGUGAACAACCCGCCCUGCCCCGUUUGUUUGUCACCAACUGUUGCGAAAGGUAUGACUCAGUCAACGCCAGAGGAAAGUGCGCGUGGCGCAAUGAGAGUCGAGUUGUACCAGUGCUCGAACCAAUCAUGCAGAGCGUACGAACGAUUUCCUCGAUAUAGCGACGUCUGGCAGCUGCUCCAGACAAGAAAAGGCCGAUGCGGUGAAUGGGCGAAUUGCUUUAGCAUGCUAUGCCGCGCUGUGGGUGGUCGUGUACGAUGGGUAUGGAAUGCCGAGGACCACGUGUGGACGGAGGUCUAUUCAGAACAUAAGCAGCGAUGGAUUCAUGUCGAUGCCUGCGAAGAAGCUUGGGACAAUCCACGACUCUAUGCCGAGGGAUGGGGUAAACGGAUGUCAUACUGCAUUGCUUUCAGCAUAGAUGGCGCUACGGAUGUGACUCGCCGAUACGUACGCAAGAGUGAGCAUUCUCUCGACCGAACUAGGUGCUCCGAAGACGUGAUGCUUUACCUCAUGCAGGAGAUCAAGAAUCUCCGACGAGCGAAUCUAAGCAAGGAACAGCGAUUCAGACUAGAGAAGGAGGAUUCGAAGGAGGAUCGCGAGUUAAGGGGUUACGUUGUUGCAUCGAUAACCCAGGCUGUAACGAGGAUGGUGCCCGAGCUAAGCUCGCCCAGCUCACCCCAUAACAGCCAGCGGCCAUCCGGCCAGUCAGGUGGAAGCUCUUUUGCUAACGACAAAUUGCCCGCUGAACAACCUGCUCGACAGAGCGGCAACGCAGAGUGGGUUGCCGCACGCGGUGAAAAUGGCAGACGUAACCAACCGCCUCACGAUCCCAAUGCUCACCACCAUGAUGACCGUCUAUGAUAUUACAUUGAAUAUCUAGCAUAAACUUACUGAACGUUUAUGAGCAAUUACAUCCCAUCACGGCUACACUCCACAGUCCCUCAAACCGCUCGGAAAGUUGCUUUCGGGGCAU